AUGCAAAUUCCUUUACUAUACACUAUUAUGUUUAUUUCAAGCGUCUACGUUUGGAAAUAAAUAAAAAGAUAUUUUAAUUUGAGUGCCAAUGCUAAACUCAAGACCUUAAGCGUGGCUACUUCAGUCUUAUUGAUGAUAUUAAAUCAAAGAUUUUUAAUUGGCAAUUGUUCAUCCAUAGUGGAAUGCAUUCACAUAAAAGUAGAUUUGAAUUCAAUCUUAUUCCCUUUGAUUUGCAAUACUUUUUUAUUCUUGGGUCCUAUAUAUAAUUAAAUUAUGGAUAAAGUACUAAUAAAGGAAAACUCUGUAAAUAGAUUUAAUCAAAAUCAAGUUUUUGACGAUAGGAUGUUGAUAAGAAUAGUAUUGGCUCCACUUUUAGAAGAGAUUACAUUUAGGGCACUUUUUUAUUAAAAUAUAGAAGAUUAGAGUGACUUUCGUUUAAUAACUUCAAUUUUGUUUUCUCUUGCUCAUUCUCAUAAAUUCUUCUCAUUUUUCAAAAAGGAAAGAAAAUAUAGGAGUAUCUACAACAAUGAAGCAAAUAAAUUUAGGGAUUUUAAGGCUUGUUUCAUGAAGGCACUUUUAACAACCUUAUUCAUUUUAAUGUUCACAUUCAUAUUUGGAUUUUAUGCUGCAACUGUGUUUCUGAAGACUCGCUCUUUGAUAAGUGUAAUACUGCUUCAUUCCUAUUGUAAUUAUUUGGGAUUCCCAAAACUUAAAUAGAUUUUUAGCAAUACAAAAAUAAAUAUUAUCAAAAGUAUUAAUCAAUUAUAUAAUUUGGUAGUUUUGGUCGUAUAUUUUGUGGGCAUAGUGUUCUUCUAUUAUUUUAUAACUAUGUGA